GGCAAGAUCGCGAGGCUCAAGUGUAUCCGAUUUACCGAACCAACCACAUCUUGCAUGUCAUCGCACGCCAUGUUUGCAUCUCAGGCACAGAUUGAGCAAAACGGUUUAUGACGUGGUUGGGGUCGCACGGGAACAAUUGACAUCAAGACUUCACUUUCACGAAUGCGACACCCGUCUGCUCUUUUCUGAAGUACAAAUCCCCGAUUGCAAAGCACCGACUCUGUUCAUCGAACCAACAUUAUCACCAUGGCAGAAAACAUCGAAAUCACCCCUCGUACCGGCACUGCCUUCACCUUGAACAAAGGUCAACGCCUGACUGUCAUUGACCCCAAAGGCGUACAAGUUUCUGAUCUCGUGGCCUUCAAUCGUCACGAUCCCGAGGAAGUCAUUAGCAACGGCAGAACGCUCGACUACGCAAGUCGGAUAUUCUUGACCACCGGCGACCCGCUCUACUCGAAUCGCAGCAAUGUCAUGCUCAAAAUCGUUGCCGACAACUCUCCUGGCAAGCACGAUUUUUUGUUGACGCCCUGCUCAAAAGACACUUUCCGAAUCAUAUACGGUGACAAAGAGCCGCACCAAGGAUGUUUUGGCAACAUCGCCGGCGCGAUUGAACCCUAUGGCAUCUCACCCGACCGUAUACCAUGCGCUUUCAACUGUUUCAUGUAUGUCACUGUUGAUUCAGAAUCUGGCGAACUCAAGGUCCUGCCUCCUAUCACGAAAGCGGGUGACAGCAUCGAAUUUGUGGCAGAGAUGGACCUGAUCAUCGCUUUGACCGCAUGCUCCGCCCUGCAGUCUAAUGGCGGAUCGUUCAAGCCAAUCCAAUAUAAAGUCAGCGAUUAAGCACGAGGCGGGCAGGCCGCGGAGGAAUUUAAUUGUCGUUGGUCGUGGAAUUCAGAACUUACCCCAUGGGGCGAUCUAUCUAUGGAAUGACAGAUCUCAUCUGCCCAUCUGGAAAGGCUGAAUCUGGGGCGGAAAAUAAUGAGUCGUCAUCGAACUGCGAGAUAUCUUCCGAAUAAGGUUAGCAUUCGACGCUUGUUACCAACGUUCAACGCUUGAUUGUCAGCCAUGAUUUACGAGUAACGAGCAGAGCCUCUGUGGUUCACGAUCUCUUCGUGCCUAUUUUGGCGGCCGAAUGCGUACGUCCGAAAUGACGUCUAGACAUGAUGAUUCAUCCCUUGCUUGUUUGAGGCAGAGUGUUGGCGUAAAAAAGUAAAGCGGAACCUGAUAGCUCAGGCAAAUGUUUACAAUCGUAAGAAAAUAGUG